AUGGCGACUACACAGACAGAAACGCGGUUUUCCAGCCUAUUGUCAAGAGAGAAGGCAGCUACAGACGAACAGCCGGUCCACCUCUCCUUGUGUGGAAUCGAGGUGCCUAGUGUCGGCCCUGAUCGUGGAGCGACCGAUGACGACAUCUGGAGAACAGCCGAGGGAAGGGUUGCAGGUACGCCUCAUCCCAAGGACGACGCUCGCAAGAUUGUCGGACACAUCAAAAACCGUCUCAACGGCUCGAGCCCGUCUGGAAGCGGCAGCCGUCUGCUCAAACUAGCAGACGACAUCAUCACCGACAUCACAGAUGCCACCUCCGGCAGCGAGCCGGCGCGCCUGAAAGUGGCCACAGCAGCGCUCGAACUGGCAGCCGCUGUCCGCCCUCCGUCCGAUGCCAUCAUGUCCCUCUUUACCAACAUGUCUGUCGUCUCCGCGGUCAGACUGUUCCAGCACUGGGGUGUGUUUGACAUGCUCCCCACAUCACCCCCAACCCAAGGGACUGCAUGCUGCGAUAUCGCCAGACAGAUCAAUGCGGAAGAAGGGAUAGUCUCAAGGAUAUCAACCAUGCUCACCUCCUCCCGCAUUCUCUCUCUUACACACAACGGAGAGCUCUGUCACACACCAACCUCGUUGUUGCUGCGAUCGUCGGAGCCGAUGGCGGCCAUGUUUGACUUGAUGUACACCAAUAUCGUGCGGGUGUCUGACAUUUUGCCUUGUUACUUUGACACCUACGGGAAAAAGGAACCGGUGGGGCCGGGCCAUGUCCCUGUUACGGUGUUGACGGGGGAGGCGGAGUUGGGGUACUUUGAGAGUGUGGCUAAGGACGAGGAGAGGAUGAAGGGUUUCACGAGGGCGAUGGGGGUUGCGUCGGGGAGGGUGCCCGUGACGGGAGUUUAUCCUCUUGGGAAAAUGCUGGAUGGUGUGGAGGAGGAGGACGAUGGGAGGGUGAUGUGGGUGGAUGUUGGUGGGGGUGGGGGGCAUGUGCUGAGGCGGCUCAGGGAGGGUUGUGCCGGUUUGAGGGAUGGGAGAUGCGUGGUGGUUGAUUUGGCGGGAGUGGUUGAUCAGGGGAGGAUGGAGGCGGAAGGGGAUGAGCUGAUGAUGGCGGUGGAGUGGGUGGAGGGAGAUUUCAUGAGGGAGAUGACGGUGAAAGGGGCAAGGUUUUAUUACCUGAGGCAUAUUCUACGGGACUAUUCGGAUCCAAUAGCAACGCUGAUCUUGAGGAAUGUGGCACGGGCGAUGGGCCGGGAUAGUAGGAUUUUGGUUUCCGAGCAGAUCAACCCUGAUGGUGGUGGUACGAUGGGGAGACCGAUGCCCCUGUAUGCUGCCUUCAAGGACUACUCUAUGCUUGCUAUUGGUGGGAAGGAGAGGUCGUUGACUCAGUUUGAGACUAUUGGGAAGGAGGCUGGGCUGAGGGUUGAGGCGGUGUAUAGGGAUAGUAAGGGGACUGGACAUGGGGUGGUUGACCCCUCUGAGGCUUCUACAGAAGCUAUUCGGAAUGCCGAGGCGGAUGCCACCUCUGCGAGUGCCGAAGAACUCGAGGCUCCGGGUAUAAUCCAAUGGCAAGCAGCAGGAGAGAUGCAAACGCGGCUGGAAUAGUUCGACAUGUCUGCAGACGUGCAAGACCGAGGCAGAUGCCGGCCGGUGCCCGAACCGAAAGGCUGUACUCAUCAGCAUCAGUGAUAAUGGGUGUUUUUUUUGGCUGGACUACUUGUAAUUGCACUUGCGAGAACUGAUUUUGAGUUUUAUGGAAGUGAUGGGCAGUAUUGAUUGUUUUUGGCAAAGAGUUAUCCAACAUUUCUCUUGUCAAUUUAUCUAAUGGAGGUAGUUUGCCUGAAAAUUGAAGUAGUUUCAACUUUG